AUGUCGUCAGUAGAAAACGCAACCAGUACCAAAUUGAACAAGAAGAAUAGCAGCAGUGGCGAAAACAGCAAUAAGGACAAUACCAAUGUUGUCGAAUCAACCUCCAUGAACAAGAAUGCUGUUUUGGCGAAGGCAAUUCCAACUCCAACAACCUCAACAACCAACGUCGUUGAGAUUGGAAAGGCUGCAAUCAUUUCCCCUCAACUAUUUGCCGACCAAUUCGAUAUUGUUCUCUUCACUCCAGAGUAUAUCCAACAGGUUGCUGUUGCUCUCUCAGUCGUUUUUGCACAGGAAGAACCUCUUUGUAUUGCCACCAAGACCAACCCAAUCAAUUACUUUGCUUACUCUUUGAUCUAUGCUCAACAAUGUGCUGCCAAUGGAAACUCAAUGCUUGCUAUCGACAAGAAUUCUCGUAUGGUCGUUGGUUUCCACUUGUGUCAUGACUAUGACACUUGGGUUGAGCCACCAUGUAAUGAUCCUGGAGUUGUUCAACAAGGAGUUUUGCUUGAACGUUUGCAUGAGAUUUAUCACUCUCAAAAGCAUGAAAACGUUCCUGCAGACUCGUGCGAAUCUCAAGGCUCUCCUCGUUCCUUCUCUCCUGAUACUACCAAGAGUGGUGAGAAGAAGAAGGAGAAGAUUCUCAAGAUUUGCAGCGCUGGAGUGUUUGCUUUUGCCAGGAGAAUGAAAUUGGCAACCAGAAUGCUUGAAAAGAAUCUCGAACAUGCCAAACAACAAGGAUUUACCAAAGUUCUUGUUGAAUGUACUGGUGCCUAUUCACAAUCUCUCUACAAGAGCUAUGGCUUUAAUGAGGUCGCAAGAAUCUACUAUCGUGAAUAUGAAGUGGAGGUACUUGUGGAUAAUGCGAAAGUCAAGGUCAAACCCUUUGAGACUAUUCCACAUCCACAUGAGUUUAUCAACUUGGCCUUAAGGGACUUGUAG